AUGACGCUAUCGGCAUUGAGCGAAGCGGUGGUCAUCGUCAAGGGAGACAAAUUCCUUGACGACGAAUGCAGGCUAUAUUCCCCUACAGUCAUCCUAAAGAUAUGUCAAGGACUAGUAGCGUAUGAUGAAGUGACUUCGAUUAUAACAUUAGCCCACGCAUCGGUCAAAGCAUUCCUUACAUCCGACGCUAUCAGACAAGGCCCAGCCGCAUACUACAGCUUGCAGGAGAUCGAGGCUACACGAUGCAUCUUCCAGAAAUGCUUGACAUAUUUGAUGUUUGAUGCAUUCCAGAAGCCAUGCCGAAGCCGACAUUCCCUUAGAAGGCGUCUGAAGGAGUUCCCACUGUUAAACUAUGCCUCUAUGACCUGGGGACAGUAUUGUGGCUUACAGGCCCCUGCUGGUUUCGUGCUCGGGAACUCUGAAUUGGACGAGAUAAUGGAUUUCUUUGCAACAUGUGCUCUACACAGUGGCGGUAACUUUAGGUCCUGGGUCCAGGUCCUGAUCCCUGAGGCUGCUACCGAAGAAGCUUGGUCAACAGAGCCAUUGUACUAUGCGGCUUCAUUUGGAAUGACGCUCGUCGUGGAAAGGCUUAUCAAAAGCGGCAUCAAUUUGGACUCCCCUGGUGGCCGUCACGAUGCUACUGCCCUUACAGUCGCGUCAUACAGAGGCCAGCUCGCAGUGGUCAAGAUGCUACUUGAAGCAGGUGCAGAUCCGAACUUGAAAGAUUGCCAUGGAAUAACAAGUCUCGGGUGGGCAAAGAGGAAAGGUCACCGCGAGGUUGAAACGCUUCUAUUGGCAUCUGGUGCUCAGGCUCAUCUGGGACAUUCCAAAGUAGUCGUGUCAAGGAAUGAGCAGCAGGCAGGUAACGAGUACAGCGACUCUGAGGGUCAUGAAGAGUGA